AUACGCCGCGGUGUCACGAAAGUUAUUUUUUUGUUUUUCAGGCCCAAAAGAUCAAGCUAGUUUUUUUGCAGGAAUGGGCGAUUCCCCUCGAGGUGGUGCCGUUAGGAACAAUGGAUCAGACGGAUCAGCAGGUUCAGGCAAGAAAGUCAUGACCCUUGACCCAUUGGGUGAAGAAGAUGGAUCUAGUAGUGAGAGUGACGAUGAAAUGGCUGCUGCAAGAGAAGCUGCUCAGGCUGAGACGAACAAGUUUGAAAUGCUCUGUGAUGGUGUGCUCAACUCCAUAGCACUGGUCCAGUCAGCAUUGGCCGAGUUCUUGAACUUGAAGGAUGAGCUUCUACUGCAUGCUUUGCCUCCAUCACUGAUGGCCAGACUUACAAUGAUUGCUGGUAGACUUUUCAGAAGCACAACUGACCUGUACACGCCCACCUCAGAGUUAGUCCGUCUCGUCCGUGUCUACUCUGUGUCAUGGGAGCAGAAGAGUUUAGCCCUGAAGAAACUCCACUCUGACUACGAGAGUAAACACAAACAGCUGAAUAUCGCUAUCCGAAGGCUUCAACUGGCUGAUGCCCAGGCGAGGCGUAUUGCCCAGGAGAAGCGCAUAAUGAACUGGGAGAAACUCUUUGCGAAACUAACAAGCAGUCGUGGUCAUGGACGGAGAUGGCGUUUUCUCAUUGAUUCUUUCAAACAGAAAGCUAAUAUGGGCAUGGAGCAUCUUCAUGCCUACAUCGAUGAGCUAGAUAAGGCAGAGGAUUCAGACGAUGAGGAUGAGAACAAGAAGAAAGAAGAUUCCAUCAGUCACACUUCGGCAAAUGAGUUUGAUAUCAGCUCGUCCGAUGAGCUUGAAUUCACAGAAGGAGACUCUGAUGAGGAAGAGGAUGAUGAUGAUGGCAGCACAGCAAGAGCGACAGCUCAAACCGGUCAAACAACGCAGGAUUUAGACAGUGAUAUUGUCACACCUGUCAGUAAGAAAGUGAAGUUCCGUAGAAGAUCCAAGCAUGGCAAGAGGUCACCACCAGAGGGAGCUACAGUUGAGGAAACUGAGGAUAAGGCACCACCAACGAUUGUCGAGCCACAGACAGUGUAUGUAGAGGUACCAGCACCUAAGCCACCAUCCGAAGAUAAGACGGUUUGGACCCAUGAACCAGAGUACGACUACACACUUAACAUGAGGGUCUUCAAGCCGGUUGGAAUGGAUCGUAAGGAGCUCAAGUGCAGCGUCAACUUCUUGAAGAAGUUCCAAAAAACGGAGAUGUUUGGAGAUAACAAGAACGGAGGCAAUGGAAAAUCUCCUUUGAAGUCGGCAUUGAAACCGAAGUCUAUGAUUGGGUCCAACGGCUCAGCUCCAAGUAGAAAAGACUCCAAUGGUAAUGGUAAAGCCCCUCCGGACACCAACUAUCAGGAUGUCGGCUUUCCGAUCGGGGACCAGCCGAUAAAACACGACGCCCAGCAUUCAAAACAGACCGAAGAGGCAGCCGAGAAGAUCACAGAGAAAUCGGAUGCAGGGACAAUCACUACGGAAACCUCUGGCCAAUCACGGCCUAGCUCCUCAGCUGAGGAACCAAUGAGGGUUGCUAUACAUCAAGGGACGCUGGAGGACAUGGUUGCUAUGGGAACAGUCGGCAUGGAAGAUCUCCAUAGUAUGGAUAUAGAAAUCGUUGACGAUAUGGAGAAGUUUCCAAAGUUAAACCCGUCCUCGUUCCCACUGUAUCCAGUCAGUACAAGCCACAAGGAGCGAGGUAGUGCACCCAUACCAUGCGGCUCACUCCCAAUGGCUUUCUACUACACCAGGAUUCAUAGACCAUUCAUUCAUGAUAAAGAAACAGAGAGCGAAACAUUGACAGAUAUUGUCUUGGAUCUUACUGGGGUGGAUCUAAACACGAUGAAGAAAGAGGACCUCUCUGUUAACAAGAGUUAUCAAGAAAGAUGCCUGUCAGCUCUCUCUAUAGCCUCAAGUGUGUCAUCUGAGAAACCGGAGAUGGUUCCGAGAGCUGAGAUGGAUGUACUCAUUGAGCAACACAAUCAAGAACUCACCCUAAUUCAGGAUGAAUACGAGCAGCGGCUGAACGAAUUGGCAAAGAGCCUUGAGCAGCUACAAAAUGAACAACUAACUUCCCUCCUUAAUCCACAACGAUCGGCAGAUGGUCACAGACGUGGCACGUCACCGCUUCAUGGCUGGACAACGGAAAGUAACCGACUCACCAAAUCCACCUCAGCAAGAGAAUUUAGACCUCUCAAAAGCAGAAGUAGAAGACCCACCAACUUGCCAGACUGGGGGAGUGAGUUACCCAAAGAUUUCUUUGAGCGUCUGAAGCUGUUUUCAGAGGAGAGUGACAUCAGACGAAGACAGCUUAUUGAGAGAACUAAGAGUGACAUGGAGGACAGGAUUGUGAAGCAGUUGGCUGGACAGUACAAACUCAGUCUGGACAAUGACGGAACUAUUGCUGCUGAUAAAGAGAUAUCUCUUCCGGCAGUCUUCAUGCCGACCAAGACGGGGCAGCUUUACAACCCUAGAGCCCACCAUUACUUCCAUCCAACAGGAUCCUUGGGCCAGCUUCGUCUUACUCAACCACCCUCGAUGUUUCAGUUGCCGCCAUUACCAAACAGAAAUAAAAUUUCAGUUCUGAACCUGUUUGACAUCCAGAAGAACUUUGAACGGCAUAGAGCAGGAGAAGCCGGGGAUUGGCAUGCAAUGAAUGGCAGCCCCACCCAUGUCUCUCAACCAAACACCCCCAUGCCGUCCAAUAUGGGAGAGUCCAAUAAUAUGUUCACACCUGAGCAACCUGUCACUGAAUGAAAGGCUUGGUUCAAUACCACGGACCAACUUCAUAGAGCUGCUUAAGCAGAAAAUAUUUCUGAAAGACUUAGAACAAAAACGGCAACAAAUUCAUUUAAAUGUUUUCAGCCAAUAAGGAAAUUGACUUCACAUGAGAUUAAACAGGUUUUAUUUGAGUACAAAACAAAUCAGUUUUUAUAACCUUCACCUGUGCUUUGCAGAAAAGUUUGCAAAAAGCCCUUUUACAUCAUCGCUCGUGUUAGGUCGGUAAAUACUUCCAAGACAAUUGAUCAAACUUUUGUCCAUCUAUUUCAUUAUAUUUUUGUAAGUAUAUGAACAUAAUUAUUUUAGUAUCACCAACUAAGAUCAUGACAACAGCACUCAUCAGUGUCUGUUUUUAGAGUCAAAAGUAACACAUGUAUUCAUUUAGUUUUAUACAAUUAUAACCAGUACAGAGUCUUGUACAUUAAACUCAAAUUAAACGUGCGUUGUACAUGUUGACAUUUUGUAUAGUAAAGCCCGGUUCAUACUUUCUACGAAUGCUUCGUGCGAUGCGAAAUUCAUUGCGUCACAAAGGGAAAUGGAGCACGUAUCGAUUGUUGCGUCACCAAAAUUCGCUUCGCAUUCGCAUUCGCAGGAAGUAUGAACCGGGCUUAAUUAAAAGAAAACUGGAAUGUAACAUGACACACUUUGGUCAACUUAUUAAAUUUCGUUAAGCUAAUUAAAUUUAUUAUCUUGAGUGGAUUUAUGAAAUUGCCAGGGCAAAGUUGCUUCCAAACAAUUAUUGUUUAACAAAUAAAUGCUUUAAAAAUGUUUGAUUACAUCAGUACUUUAUGCAAUUAAAAUCAGCAAUAAGAUCAAGGUUUUCCUGCAAAUGAACUACACCUCCCGUUGCAGAAAGAUGAAGGGAGGUUGUAUCCAAGUAUUAGAUUUGUUUGUACAUUGUGAAACUUGUAAUUGCCCAGUUUUCUCACACAUACAUGUAUACUGUAUAUUUUUGUAAAUUUUAAGGAUUUGUAUAUAUUGUAUUGUUUGAAUAAACC